AUGCAGCGGCUGUGCGGGAAAACACACUCAUGGUAUGGGCAAGACGAUGAGUUGGACGAAAAGUACCCCACGCGGCCAAUCAACGUGCACAAGACGCUACCAUUCCACACACUAUUCACAGAUCUCUUUGAUCCACUCAUGGACACUCAAAAGAGGAGACAACCAGUGGGCCCUAGGCGACGGGUAGGACCGCAUGGCCACUCCAACAUGACACCUCAUGAGGCCAAGCGAAACAUCAUUGACCGAUUUAUUGCAAACUGGCGCAAGAAAGUAGGCAACGACUUCUAUCCGGCCAUGCGUCUGAUUAUCCCCGAGAAAGACCGGGACCGGGCCAUGUAUGGGCUGAAGGAGAAAGCCAUUGCCAAAGUCUUGAUCAAGCUCACUAGGAUUGGCAAAGAUUCGGACGAUGCUAAGCAAAUGCUAAACUGGAAACUUCCGGGUCAAUUGCACAAAGCCUCGACUUCAACUGCCGGUGACUUUGCGGGUCGCUGUUACGAAGUGCUGUCCUCGCGCCAAUUGAGGACCGAAUAUAGUGAUAUGAGCAUUGCCGAAGUUAACAAUGCCUUGGACAAGUUGUCACAAGUUGGCGCAGAAGAGGAGCAAGUCAAGAUAUUCCAGAGAUUCUAUAGGAGGAUGAAUGCAGAAGAAAUGACUUGGCUGAUUCGCAUGAUUCUUCGCCAGAUGAAGAUUGGUGCGACCGAAAAGACCUUCCUUGAUAUCUGGCAUCCGGAUGCGGAGACACUGUUCAACAUCUCCUCAAAUCUUCGACGUGUUUGUUGGGAGUUGUACGAUCCUGAGAUACGUCUAGAUGGUGAAGACACAGGCCUCAGUCUGAUGCAGUGCUUUCAACCACAGCUGGCUGCCUUCCAAGAUAAAGUAGGUUCAUUCGAGAAACUGGUCACAAGAUUCCAGACCGAUCCGGACGACAACACAUUCUGGAUUGAGGAGAAGCUGGACGGAGAACGAAUGCAGCUACACAUGAUUGAGGAUCCUGAUGCACCAGGUGGCAAACUUUUUGGCUUUUGGUCACGCAAGGCGAAAGACUAUGCAUACCUUUAUGGGAGACACUUUCAGGGCGAAGAGGCUGGCGCACUGACGCGCUUCAUCAAGGAUGCUUUUGGAAAGAAUGUUCGAAACAUCAUUCUUGAUGGCGAAAUGAUCACCUGGGAUAUGGACGUCGAUCACAUUGUCGGCUUCGGUACUCUGAAGACUGCGGCUAUCUCAGAGAAGGAGAACAAGAUGAACAAGGACACUGGCCAGCGACCGCUGUUCCGGGUCUUCGAUUGUGUCUACUUGAAUGACAAGCUUCUCACCCAGUAUACACUUCGCGAUCGUCGUCGUGCUCUCGAAAGCGCAGUCAAAGGCAUCCAUCGUCGCUUAGAGAUUCAUCCAUAUAUAGAAGCAUCCUCUCAUACUGAGAUUGAGCCUGCGUUGCGAAAAGUGGUUGCAGAGUCGUCAGAAGGUCUGGUGCUGAAGAACCCACGUUCCAUGUAUCGCCUCAACGAACGCAACAACGACUGGAUGAAAGUUAAACCAGAAUACAUGUCUGAGUUUGGAGAGUCACUAGAUUGUGUCAUUGUCGGUGGGUACUUUGGAUCUGGCCACCGCGGGGGCGCUCACUCGUCCUUUCUAUGCGCACUACUUAUCGACAAAGAUGCGAAGCACGGAGACCAAGAUUACGAGAAGUGCUGGUCUUUCUUCAAAGUCGGCGGCGGCUUUAGUCGUGAUGACUACGCCGCCAUCCGCGGUCGAACAGAAGGGAAAUGGAAAGACUGGGACAUCCGUCGACCCCCUCCCUUCAUAGAGCUAGGCGGCCACCUCGAGAAUCGCCACCACGAGCGACCGGAUCAAUGGAUCAAUCCCAGUGAUUCGGUAGUCGUCGAAUGCAAAGCCUCAAGUGUGGAAGCCAGUGACAAAUUUCGCACCGGUCUCACACUGCGCUUCCCCCGCUUCCGCCAACUACGCAGCGACAAGCGCUGGGACCAAGCACUCUCUCUGCAAGAAUUCCAAGACCUAAAACACGACGUGGAGCGAACCCUGGCCGAAAAGGAAAAAGAAUUCAAAAUAGAAGCGUCGCGGCGGAAAAAAGCAAGGACUUCAAAAAAGCCACUGACAGUGGCUGGCAAUGAAACGCUCAAAACACCCUACGCAGGUCCCGAGUCGAAACUCUUCGAUGGGCUAAGUUUCUACAUCAUGACGGAGCAGCUUUACCCAACCAAGAUGGCAAAGGCCGAACUUGAAAGCCGCGUCAAAGCGAAUGGAGGAACGAUUGUCCAGCGCGACGCCAUGGACAACAACCUCAUCAUCGUUGCAGACAAACGGCUCAUUAAAGUCGCCGCACUGAUCAAGCGCGAUACGAAUAACAUUGUUAAACCCGUCUGGAUCCAAGACUGCAUUGCCCAGAAUGAGGCUGAUGCGGGCGCGCUACCAUAUCUCCUUCCCUACGAGCAGGAACGGCAUUUGUUCUACGUGCAGGACAAUAACCAGUUGGAUUUUUUUACCAAUGUGGAUGAGUACGGGGAUAGCUAUGCAAGGGACAUUGCGGAUGUAGAGGAGAUGAGAAUGCUGCUGGAUGCUGUGGGGCAGAAGAAACCCCUCGGGACCACGACGUUCAACAGAGAAGAGUUUUUGACGCAAUUGGAGGAUCAUGGGGAGAGUUUUGCGGGGCUUAAGACGCACAUGUUUUCGCAUAUGAAAGUUUUGUUUCAUGUGGAUGAGCAGGACGUUGAUGGGGCACUGAGAGCGCAAUUGGCGAGGAAUUAUGUGCGCUUUGGUGGGGGAGUAGUCGUCGAGCAUGGGGAUGAAAAUGGCAUCACGCAUAUUGUCGUUGAAGGCGAGCAGCAGGCUGUGCAAUUCAACAAGCGCAAACACAAGAUCUCAAACAUGGCGCGUACCGUGGGCAUCGCCUGGAUCGAAAAGUGCUGGCAUGAAGGCACAAGGCUAGACGAAGAACGAUUCCAAUGGGCCUGA